GGUAAUCCUAGAAGCUGCAGGAUUGUUGUCUGUGCGGUUGUCGUUUCGAUCUAUUUACUACGCUCGUUUGUAUUUGCAAGCUUGAAGUUAUUGCUCAUUGUCAUCGAGUUCCGACGACGAAUUAAGAAAUCUACGAUACUAAGAAAAUCACAGACCGUGGCUCACGCAUGACGUCUCAACAAAGAACACAAUAGAGAAUAAAUUCUCGAAAAUAAAUUCAACAUGUUCACAUGCAUCAGUCGGGUCACAGCUCUACCAAUUCUGCGUAUCUCACAUGCUCAAUGUAUGAGUGGAAAUCAAGAUUUCAAAAAUGCUACAUCCGUUUAUGAUUUCACUGUCAAAUCCAUCAAAGGAGAAGAUGUGCCGUUAUCCAAGUACAAGGGUCAUGUUCUUCUUAUUGUAAAUGUCGCCUCAAAAUGCGGCUUGACGUCAUCAAAUUACAAGGAACUAAAUGAGCUACAUGACAAAUACGCUGAAACAAAAGGACUGCGCAUCCUUGCGUUUCCCUGCAAUCAGUUUGGAAAGCAAGAACCAGGCACUAGUGAACAAAUUUGCAGUUUCGCUGAACGCCGAAAUGUAAAGUUCGACUUGUUUGAGAAAAUCGAUGUCAACGGGGAAAAUGCCCACCCACUCUGGGAAUACUUGAAGCAAGAGCAAGGUGGUAUCAUGGGCAGCUUUAUCAAAUGGAAUUUCACCAAAUUCAUCGUUGACAAGGACGGUAAAGUUGUCGAACGACAUGGUCCAAAGGAUCCGCCCAGCAAAUUCGCGUCAAACCUCGAGAAAUAUUUCUAAUUUACUUUCUUUUUUUUUUUUUCUUAAUCCUUUUAACAGUGUGUUAUAGAUUUUAAGUCAUCUGCUACGCGUGGUAACAGUACUGAGCUACGGGUAAUCUCAUUGUUCGUCUAAUCCUAAAUUUAUUUUACGUAAUCGACAUUUUUCAAAUAAUUAUCCCCCGCCGGUAUGAUUAUUGUCUGAUAUCUCGUUUAAAUACCGAAAGAAAUAUCCUGCGAUAAGUCAAAAUGAUUAUAUAAGCUUCAUACGCCUUGCAUACACUUGUUUCCAGACUCUUUCAAGUCAUCGCCAUUUUUCAUUAAUUCAGUUUAAUGCCACGUGCUGUAAAAGGUCCAUGUCUUUUUCUUAUACGAUUCUACGAAUGGUUGCAUGCUUUUGUAACUUCAUUUUUUAUGUAUGAUCGAGUAUAUUUUUGAGAAUAAAACUUCGGUAGAAUACUA